CCUCCCCUUUCCCCCAAAACCACACACUCAGACUUCAUCAUCCAUAUCCCACUGUAUGCUGCUGCUCUUCCUUCUCGAGUAAAACAACUUGUUCCUGCUCUACUCUCUGGCCUGUCGAUAUUACAUCUUCGGCACGGAGAAAGAAGAUGUCUGGUACAGUUGCAAAGGCCACUGAGAAGCAAGGCAUAGUCUCAAUUCUUGGCUCCGAUUGUGAUGAACAAAACAAAGCAGCUGCUGCAGCUUCAUUGAGGAGAACCCUCUCUGCAGACAUGUCUUCCAAGAAAUGGCUUGCCCGAAAUGGGUUUUACCCCAUGAAGAAGAUUUCUUCAUCCGAACUCGCCGCCAUCUCCGUCGCAGAAUCAUCUUCCUCAUCAUCACAGCAAGAAGAAGAGCUUGAUCAGAGGCCCGGACAAGACGAGGUUUGGAGGUCAAUUCAGUCCCAGAAGAAGGAGCUUUCUGUAAUCAGGCCUAAUUCAUCACUACAGUUGGAUACUUGGAGCUCAAUUCUGUCUCAGAAGGAAGAUAAGGACUCCUCAAGCCUCCCGCCUCCAUAUAUUCAUCCACUUGUGAGGAGAUCGUCGAGUUCUCUGAGCGAGAAGAGCCUCGAGAUUUGUACCGAGAGUCUUGGGUCAGAGACCGGCUCCGAUGGCUUCUCCUCUUACGCGUCUUCAGAGACCGGAGACGUGGAAGAGGAGAGAGAACAACAACCACAACCACCACAACCGCAACAACAAUUAUUGCAAUCCUUGAAUGACGGAGAGGAAUUGCGAGUUGUAACGUACAACAACUUGUACCCUACUAGUAAAAGGAAUUCGACCAGUAGCAAAUCCUUUCCUCCUCCUCUCCCUUUCCUUCCUCGCUGUGAUGGGCCAUCCCUUCACAUGAAAUCCCACCGCAAUAAUGGCCGGCUGGUCCUUGAAGCCGUUUCCCUUCCUUCCCAGAACUACUUCCACGCACAGCGCAAAGACGGCCGCCUUGUCCUCACAUUUUCCGGCAGCUCUUCUGAUGAUGAUGAUCAGCCAAAGCAUGAUUAUUUACAAUUAGAAAGGACCGCUUGGAAAGUAGAUGGAGUUGAAGAGAUUGAGGAAGUGUUCGAAACAUCCCAGGAGUAUGAAAAGGAUAAUGAAGCUGAAGAAGAAGACGAAGACGAAGAAGAAGAAGAAACGGAGGAGAAAUUAGGUGAAUACAAUAACAGACGCGGAGCAAAGGAAAUUGGAAUUGUGAUGAAGAAGCUGGUGGGUAUAGACAAAAACUUCAACAAGGAAGUGAAUUUGGUGGAGGCGGAGGAGGAGAUCGGGGGGGCCUCCCCACUGCCGCCGCAGUCGCUCCCACGGCCGCCGCGCAUGGCAAGGCUGAUCCCGUCGCCCCAGGCUCCUGCGGCGGCGGCCUCUUUCAACACCUACGAGUACUUCUGGAGGAGCAAGCAGCAGACAGUGGCAACCCUGAUGACGAGUCGAAGCAAUAGCAACAAGGUGAUGGUGUCCAACAACAAGAACAAGAAGAAAGCAGCUGAUGAAGAGCAAGAAGAGAUGGUGCUGUUGAGAGGGAACAAAGGGGACUACUUGGUGCCUUUGUUGAAGGGCUGCAAGGAGCCUCGGAGGUCACUUUUGAUAUGGGAACUGCCUUAUUGCAUUGCUACCUAGCUAACUGGCUCCUGAUUUAUUUUUAUUUCGGUUCAUCGUCAUCCAUUUACCUAACUAAUUAUUAUAUACUUAUAAUAUAUAUAUGUAUUUUCCUCUCUCUAUAUGUUUGUCUCUUGUACCUAUUGAAGAGAUUAUGUAACCAAAUAAGCAUGAAUUCGAGAGAGAGAGAGAGUUUGUACUUUGGUUUUAUAUAUAUAUAUAUAUAUAUAGGAUUAAUGAGAUCUAACAGUUGUCACGUACGUACGUGAGUUCGUAAAUCUCUGUCAUUAGGAGUAGCUUUCCAUGAUCUUGGCAUCUUCUUUGACUUGGUGGAGUGUCUUGUCUGUCUCUUGCUCCAUGUAUGGAGAUGAUGAUGAUGAUGAUGGUACUGGAGUUGGCCU